UUCAUAAAUUGUUCAUUUUAUUUAUGUGCUUUGUUCUUUUGUUUUUUUAUUAUAUGCAAUCUGUUAAUGUUCUUAUAUAUUCACUUUUAUAGAAUUAGUAUUUUGUUUUUUAAAACCUUCUUUUUUUUUAUUUUUGAUAUAAAGAACAAUCAUAUAAGGUAGUUUCGUGUCACUUAUUGUGGUCUCCUGAUACUUUACAAAGGAAAAAAAAAGGAAGAAACAAUAUAAUUGAAGCAAGGAGGAGAAAUUAGUCAAAUGAUAGACAGUCUUAUGGAAUAUAGCAGCAAGGAGUAGUUACAUUAGCAUUUAAAUGUUUGUUACUAAACGUUAGUAUUUUGGUAUUUUGGAGUUUGGUGUUUGAUGAUUUGGUAUAUUAGUACUUUAUAAAUUAAUGUUCAGUAUCAUAUUCAGAAUAAAUCUACUUCAUUUGUUCCAGAAAUAUCGCACCAUCUUGUUUUUUACACUAUUCAUAUUAGACCCUUGGUCAUCUUUUGUGAUUCAACCUAAGAAAAAUUGUAGUCUUAUGGGAACUUGUUAGAUUCGUAUCGAUAUAUAUUUUCUAAAUAUCAACUUUUUAUAAUUUUCACUUGUACAUAAUUCGAGAUAUUAAGAGUCAAAGUUUGUGUGUGAAAGCGUAAAGGCGACCAUAGUGCGAUAUUUAAGGAACGGAUGAAGUAUAAAAAUAACUACAAAAUAACAUUUCCAAAAUUAAUAAAGUACUUGGUAUUUUGCAAUCCAUUUCUUAACAAAUGCUAAAACUGAAUUUCAACUCCAUACUCCGUAAUUCCCUAUUUAGAAACUCCUUGAGCUUUAAUGGCUUCUUCAGCAGCGAUUGAUUCAUGAAAAGUGGCUAAGAUGCUUCGUAUUUAAAUUUUAAAGAAGCCUGAUCAUUAGAAGAUCCUUCAUAUGCUUUUGAACAUCCUACUUGAGUAGUUCCUUGAGCUUGAAUAGGUCAUUGAACUUUCUUGCACCCAUGAGAUUUAGUGACACCUUGAGAUUUUGUACCAACUUGAGAUUUUGUACCCGCUUUAUCUUUAGUACCCUCUUUGGGUUUUGUACCCACUGUAGCUUUUGUAGACGCUUGAGAAUUAUUACUCACUUGAACUUCAGUUCUCUUUUGACCAUUUGACUCAUUUGAGGUUUCAUUGGGUGAAAUAAUUUCCUAUCCCAAACCUUUAAAAUGUAUGAACUUGAAACACUAUGCUUAAGCAUAGUGUUUUGAGUCACAUAUAGGUGAUUUUCACUAUUUAUAAGAAAAAAUUUCCAAAUUGCUUCCCUUUGAUGGCUCUAUCCUACUUGCUCAAUCAACCAAGGUUCAAACCUUGGUGCUUGCAUAUUUCAAAAAAAAAAAUUCCCUUCUUUAUUUCCUGAUUCAUUGCCCCAUGUGCUUCCUUCUCCUCCACGUGACCCCCCCUAUUUACCUUAUUCUUUCCAUUUCCUCCAAUUUUCACUUUCUCUUUCAACCUAUCCCUCAUAUGCGGAUCUGCCCCUUCUCCUCUCUCCUCCAUCCUCCAUCGUCCGCCCCUUUCUCCACUAGGACCACCAUAUCUUUUCUUCUCAUCACUCUCCAUCAGAACUUCAGUUUCUCAAUCGCGAAAUCUCUUUAUGUAUCUCUCAUUGCUGGGACAUGCGAAACAUCUGGUCAUCUGAUCGAUUUCUUUGGGUAAUUUGUUCUUGUUCAUCUUUUAUAAUCAUCUGAUUGUAUUUGAUUUAAUUUUUCGCAGAUUUGUUGAUUUAUUAAAUGUUUAAUUUUUUUUUCAAUUGUUAAUAUGUUUACCGUUCUUCUUUUUUGAUUUUAUUGGAUUUUCGUUUUUUGUUGAUACUUUUCCCAAUACUACGCACUAACACCAUCAAUUAUUUGCUUCAAUGGGUACUGUGGAGGAUUUAACGGAGAGUUGUCGAUGGCCGAACAGGGUGGCCAUUAUUGCUCCCAAAAAACGGUAGAUUGUUCAAAUAUUGUUGGUGCCAGCACUUGUUGAAUGUGGCUAAAGUUCACUUUUGCUGACACACAUUACUAGGACAACAGUACCUGUAACUCUGUUAUCAUUGUCGUCCUCUGAUGGCGUACCUUUUUACUCAACUUCUUAGAUUAAGUUCAAGAGGCUAGACGCUUCAAAAUUCUCCAUGUGCCUAACAAGAUGCUGUCAUGUGGAUGAUCGUGGGACCACUCUUAUACCCUUGGAAAACUAUUUGAGACCUACGUUGGUCACUUCAUUAGAUGAAAGAAGAAAUUUCUGCAUGAGGAUGUUUGUUUUGCAGCUGGAAGGAUUGUUGCAGUCAGUCAAAGGUGGUAUGCUUCCAGUGAUUGACUGUUGCGCAGCUGUUCUGCUCUGUUUGGCUGUUGUUGGCAGUGUUUCAGGUGUGGUGUUGCUGCAUGGGGGUAGUGGUUGUCACUGCUUGUUUGUUGUCAACCAUAAAGUAUAUUGGGAAUUGUACAUCAGUCCAUAUGUUAGGUUAACCAGCACUAGGACGAAGAUCAAUGGCGAGUCUUCUUUCAUGGAGAUCUCAACCAACGGCCAUAAAGACGAGAGAUUAUCGCCUUUUAACUCGACUUAUGCAGUGAGGUUUAAAGAGGAUAUAAAGAGGUGGGCGAGAGGCGGUGUGAGAUAUGCAACCAUUGUAGUAGCUCUUGUGAUCUACAUAAGGGUGGUGGUUUUGGGGAAUUUUUGUGUAAUUGAUUUUUUUUUCCGCUCAACUCCUUUUCUCGGGGUUUUCUCCCAUAAUCGCUCUGCUUGUUUGCUAAUUUUGUUAUGAUAUUUGAUUUUCAUAUCUUGGGGGACCGCGCGCGCUAGCGCGUGGUCCAACAACUAGUAAU